AUGGCUGGUAAAUGAAAAAUUUAAGCGUAUCUAUGUAUUGGCAAAUUGUGCAAGUGCAACUGCUCAAAAGUACAUUUUUAGUAAGCUUUGGCCAAACAAUAUAAACAGUAAUAUUUGAAACUUGAGAUUUGUCAAGUAAUUCUCCCAUUAAGAGAGGGAAACUCAGCCCACAAAUCCACAACUUCCAUGGUGAAUUGUAAGUAACGCACAUAAUUAUCAGGCUCUAAUUAAUCACUCUGCUUGCAGAUUGUAUUCUGGUUCUUGUGGAAGCUUUUCCUCAAUCCUUUGAUGGGUGCACCUAAGCAGAAGUGGACUCCUGAAGAAGAAGCUGCUCUUAAAGCUGGGAUCCUUAAAUAUGGGCCAGGCAAAUGGCGUACAAUUCUUAAGGAUCCAGAAUUUAGUGGAGUGCUGCAUCUGCGUUCAAAUGUUGAUCUCAAGGACAAGUGGAGAAACAUGAAUGUGAUGGCAAACGGCUGGGGUUCUCGAGAUAAAGGAAGGUUGGCUUUGAAAAGGAUGAUUCAGGCCCCUGUGCAGGAUGAGGUGGCUGUUACCUCGGCAGCUGAAAGUGAUGAGGAAAUACCUGAAGCAAGGCCAGCCACUACUUCUAGUGGCUCUCCGCAGUAUGGUGGUUCAAGAAGAUCUCUCCUAAGGUUGGAUAAUCUUAUAAUGGAGGCUAUAGGCAACUUGAAGGAGCCAGGUGGUUCCAACAAGACUACCAUUUCUACGUACAUAGAGGACCAAUUUUGGGCACCUCCAAACUUUAAAAGGCUACUGUCGGCAAAACUGAAGUAUUUAACUGCAACUGGAAAACUCAUAAAGAUGAAGCGGAAGUAUAAAAUGGCACCUAAAUUUACAUUCUCUGACAGAAGAAGAAACCUGUUCGUUCCCCUCCUGGAUAGCAAUCAGAGGAUCUCUUCUAAGGUUGACGGGGAUGACAUAAACAUGCUCACUAAAUCUCAGAUAGAUUUAGAGUUAGCAAAGAUGAGUAGUAUGUCACCUCAAGAUGCAGCUGCUGCUGCAGCACAAGCAGUUGCGGAAGCAGACGUUGCUAUAGCCGAAGCUGAGGCGGCAAAUAGGGAGGCUGAGGCUGCUGAAGCGGAUGCUGAAGCUGCACAAGCAUUUGCAGAAGCUGCAACGAAGACACUACAAGGGAGAAGCAUCCCAAGGAUGGGCGUUGGAUGUGGAGGAGAGAAUUCAGAGGGGCACAAUGAAGUGUGAGGAAGCUGCUGAAGCAUGUCAGCCUGCAUUAGUAGGUAAUCUUGGCGGUUACAACAGGUUUUGGUAGAGGGGUGCUGGCUGAGAAGUUGGAAUGAUAUGGUUCUAGAGCCCGUUUGGAUUGGCUUAUAAGUUAGCUUAUAAGCUAUUUUCAGCUUUUUUGAGUGUUUGGCUGGCCAGCUUAAAGUCAUUUUAUGCUUAAAAUAAGCUCAAAAAAAUAAUUGGACCCAUUUGACUUAGUUUAUCUAAAGCAGCUUAUAAGCUGAAAACAGCUUAUAAGCCAAAAAAAAUAAGUUGGACUACCCCAACUUAUUUUUUUCAGCUUAUAAGCUGCAAACAGCUUUAAGCUGUAAGCCAAUCCAAACGGGCUCCUAGUCUUCAUAUUCCAAGGCACUAACAGUCAUACAUAUCUGUACACACACACAUAUUUAAUUUUUUUUUUUUUCUCUUUAAAUGUUCCAUCAACGUAAAUGUGAUGUAGAAUUCUUGUAAGUUAAUUAGGAGGGUAAUGAUACCUACAUACUACCAACUCUCUGCCAUAGUUGAUAGAAUUUCAGCUGUGUAACUUUCUGUGUCUCGAUGCAGCAAUUGAUUUAUCCUCACUACUUUGUUGUGUGAAAGCCUGGUCACUACUUGUUUCUUAUUCCCAUUUUUAAUUGUUUACUCUACCUGAAAAUGUGUAGACGAUACGGGCUUGAUUGAACUUUCAGAGGUUGUGCUAGAUACGCGAGUUAAGAGCUUUGCUGGAUUUUCUUCCAGUAUGAUAUUUUUGUUUGCUCAGCUAACUCGCUUGUUAUUGUUAGCUUGUAAAUAUGGUAAAAAAGUUUGUGGGAAUGGAAUAAUCCAGAAAAUGUAUACUCCAGCGUGGUGUCAGCAGUGAGGUCUUUCUGAUAGUAGGAAUUUGUAUCUCCCUUUCACCUGGACAAGGCUGGAGACUGUCAGCAAAUUGUUGUUUUCGUAUUAAGGCUGAUGAGCAGUUUCUGGUAGCUGGUGGAGUUUUCUGCGGACUGUGUGUCACGGGUAGGAACUCAUGAAUAAAGUAGUAUGGGCGAUCACACUGUUCUUUUUUAAAUGUAUACAGACGUGGAUUCAUUCAGUGAACAUAUUGAAGAGAGAUGAUUUGACGGAUAGUAUUGGCGAAAAGUAUAUACUGUAUUGUAUCAACUGCUUUGUUUGAGUUUGCAUAGCUUUUUGUUACUAAAUACCCAUCCGUCGAAAAGACUAGAGGAGUUUGGUUGACAGUUGAUAGUUGUACAGUUGGUCUCCGGUAUCUGCCUCUUAAUCUCACUGUGUUUCUCUACGUGCAAACUUUGUAAUUGUUCAUAACAGUAUCAUUGAGAGUUAUCUCGAAUGUUACAGCUUAGUGAUCUUUAUACCAAGAUGGUCUUUGGCUGUGUAAGGCUCACUAA